AUGUCUUACGUUCGCCUUGGCAACUCCGGGUUGAAGAUCUCAAAGAUCAUACUCGGCUGCAUGUCCUACGGCAGUUCCGAAUGGCAAGAUUGGGUCCUCGGUGAGGAGGAGGCCUUCAAGCACAUCAAAUUUGCAUUCGACCACGGCAUCACCACGUUCGAUACCGCCGACGUUUACUCCAACGGUCUCUCAGAGGUCAUUCUGGGCAAAGCAAUCAAGGAACUCGAGCUUCCCCGCGACGAGCUCGUGAUCAUGACUAAGCUGUUCCAACCUGUUGCGUCGGAUGUCUCUCUGAACCUCGUUGUUCUGGGAAAGAAGCCGGAGGAAGUGGGGAUCAUCAAUCAGCACGGCCUCAGCCGUAAGCACAUUUUCGAUUCCGUGAAGGCUAGUCUCCAGCGUCUGCAACUCGACCACAUCGAUGUGCUCCAGUGCCACCGCUUCGACUACAACACGCCCAUUGAGGAGACUAUGCAAGCUUUGCACGAUGUCGUCAAAGCAGGAUAUGUCCGCUAUAUAGGCAUGAGCUCGUGCUGGGCCUACCAAUUCCAACAGAUGCAGAACUACGCGAUCACCCACCACCUGACGCCAUUCAUCUCGAUGCAGAACCAGUAUAGCCUCGUCUAUCGCGAGGAAGAGCGCGAGAUGUUCCCCACGCUCAAGCUCUUCGGCGUAGGCUCCAUUCCGUGGUCUCCCCUUGCUCGCGGUCUCUUGACUCGCCCCCUCGACGCUGCGUCUAAGAGGGCGCAAAGCGACUGGAUCAUCGACAAGUACAAGAACGAGGCGACCGUUACUAUCGUUUCCCGUGUCGAGGAGAUCGCGAAGAAGCGUAAGAUUAGCAUGGCUCAGGUUGCGAUUGCCUGGAUACUCUCCAAGCCCGGCGUGUCCGCCCCGAUCGUCGGCACGACCAGCCUCGCCAACCUCGAGGACAUCCUCAAGGGAGUCGACGUGAAGCUCACCGAAGAAGAGCUCAAGGCGCUCGAGGAGCCGUACCAGCCCGUUCCCGUCUUCGGCCACAACUAA